AUGAAUUCUGUAUUGAGUGGAGUUGUUAAAUACUUGCCAGUUUUGGCUGCUGUUCUGUUUGAAAUUAUAACCACAGCGGAUGCAGCGGCCACCAAUGGCAUGAUGGGAGCUUUUAAUUGUUCACAGCCACCAAAAUUUGACAAUUUCGACAUCAGUAAAUGCUGCCGUUUGCCAAACAUUAAUCUGGGAUCAGUUGUGGAUAAAUGCCAUAAACAUGUCAAGUCCUUAAAGUCGCACAAUGCAAAUUAUCCUGCAUAUGCUCAUGUGUGCUAUCCCGAGUGUAUUUAUCGUGAGACGGGCUCCUUCAUUGAUGGCGAUAUUCAGAUGGAAACGGUUCGAAACUUUUUGCAAAACAACAUCGAACAACGUGACAAGAUUAUUGUGCCGACCAUUGUCAAAUCAUUCGAGACAUGCAUGACCAACAUCAAAAACACCAUGCAGGCCAGAGGCAUCAAAAGCUAUCCGAAAAUCGAUGGUUUAGGCUGUUCACCAUACGCCAGCAUGGUCUAUGGCUGUGUAAAUGCCGAAACAUUUCUACACUGUCCCCCCGAGAUGUGGCAGGAGGAGAGUUCAUGUAAUGUGGCCAAAAACUUUGCUCUCCAAUGCAACCCCUUGCCGCACGUUCCACUGCCGAUGAUUUAAUUAGAACUAAGCGGAUC